UUUGAAUCAGCGGCGUUGUUAUUGACGCCAUAUUGCUGGUGUGGGAGAGUCACAGAGGGAAGUGCCGCCGCUGCCGCUGCCAUCGCUUUUCAUCGGCGGCCCCUGACCCGCGAGCCGAGCCCAGCUCCGCACCUACCGUCCCAGCAACCGUCCCGGGAACGGCCGGGGGCGGAAUUCGCGAGGGCGGGGCGGGCGGAGAGCGAAUCCGUCGGCGAAGGCGCCGCCGGGGGGGCCGGAGCCGCUCCCUGGAGAGGGCGAUAGGGAGGAGGCGGAGGCCCUGACGCAGCUCCCCCUCCCAUCCGCCCCAGACGGUGGGGAAGGCGCCUCUGGGCUGGGCCGGCUGCUGCCGUCUCCCCCCUCCCCUCGCACCGAGCCCCCUUAGCCCGCUCUCCCCGGGUCUCCGCAGCCCCCGGCCCGCUCCCCCCCGGCCAUGGCUUGCGGCGCCACAUUGAAAAGGACUCUGGAUUUCGACCCUCUGCUGAGCCCGGCCUCCCCGAAGCGGAGGCGAUGUGCGCCAUUGUCAGCCCCGGCCUCCUCGGCCGCCGCCGCCUCCUCCUUCGCCGCCGCCUCGCCGCAGAAAUACCUGCGCAUGGAGCCCUCGCCCUUCGGGGAGGUGUCCUCCCGCCUCACCACAGAACAAAUUCUGUACAACAUAAAACAGGAGUACAAACGCAUGCAGAAGAGGAGACAUUUAGAAAAUAGCUUCCAGCAGACAGAUCCUUGUUGUUCUACUGAUGCACAGCCACAUGCAUUUCUCCUUACUGGACCAGCUUUGCCAGGUACUUCAUCUGCAGCAUCAUCACCAUUGAAAAAAGAACAGCCCCUGUUUACUCUCAGACAAGUUGGAAUGAUCUGUGAACGUUUGCUGAAAGAACGUGAAGAGAAAAUCCGUGAAGAGUAUGAAGAAAUUUUGACCACAAAACUUGCAGGAGGAUGGGACUUUCAUGGGGGGGACCCUCAGACUGGGACUCUUCUGUGGAAACCCAAGAACUGCUACUACAUUUUUGGUUGAAGAUUGCUUUCUUUAACCUUGCCUCUUCUAAGAACAGUGCAGAGCACUUAAAAGUAAUAACCCAACACACCUCACAUGUGGUUUUCCACAAGGGAGGAAGGGGAAUGGAGAGGAGCUGCAUCUGAUAGAUCUUCUUUAAUUUCCUAAUUCUGAAAGUUAAUAUCAUGUUGAUGGGUGCAAUAUUAGAAACUGAAGAGAAUAUGAAAAAAUGUGUUAUGUAUGUGAUGUAUAGAGAUGCCUUCUGGAAAGGACUAAUUUUGAGUUCAGAGUGAACUGAAUAGUCUUUAUAGCAUCUUAGUCUUAGUAUUUAGUUUGAGGAGAUUACUCAGUAGCUGAUUUUACUAAACCCGCAGUCACGUGUUCCCUAUUGUGACUAUUUUUGCUGUUGAAAUAAAGCAAAUAUUUUUCACUUAGCUUUUUAUCCCAUAGUUACCUGUUUCUUGCUUGUUCAACAUUUUGGCAGUCAGUGACAUAAUUUCUUGAUUGUAAUAAAUCUCUUCUAUACUUCUGUGCUGUCAUUUCCCAGACGUUUAAAUUCUGCCUUUUUGUAACUCUGUUAAGUGGUUAGAGGGCGGAAGUUGAGUUCUACUUCCAGCCCUGCCACUCACAGACGUUGCUCAGUUAACCACUCUGGGCCUUCAUUAUGCAUCUGUAAAAUUGGCAUAAUAUGACCUUUAGGGAUAAUGUGAGAAUUUAAGUGCGUUCGAAGUGCUUUGAGAUCCUCUCUCUAAGUGCAGCAUAUUCCUUUGCCAAAUUCCUCUGUUGUCUUAUUCUGUGCUGUAGUUCGCUUGUCAAGUGAAAUCCAAUUGAUUGCUAACAUGGUUUAAUGGGGUGGAUUUUUUUUAGGUGGCAGAGAUGAGAUGGCUGUGUUGAAUAAUCCAUACUUGCCCCUUACAGACUGUCAACGUUUGUUUAAUUGAUAUAGCUUGCAUGGCAUAAAAAGUAAGCCUUGACCUUUUUUUUCAUGCUAAGUUAAACUUGGUACACUCACUUCUAAUGUUAAUGUUUGCAGAACAAUACGACGCAUUUGUGAAGUUCACGCAUGAUCAGAUCAUGCGACGAUAUGGAGAACAGCCUGCUAGUU